UCUGGAGGUUUUGCUUUUAUUACAAGAAGCGCGUUUAUUCUAAGAGGAUCCAUUGGAGACUUCUGCUAUGUGGUGGAUCCGAAAGAAGGCGUGAUUUAGGAACGACUGAAUGAUUUAAACAUUUCCCAACCUGGUGCGCUGAGCGCGUCUCUCUCUCUCUCCACGGAUCCCGCGCACUUUGCGCUUUUACGCGUCGGCUGGAUUUUGCGCACAGGAGGAUUUGCGAUGUGGAAGACACCUGUCGUGGGUUUCAUUUGUUCUUUAUCGCUUCUAUUAUCGCUGACAUGUGCUGGGGAUGUAAAAUCGCGCAGCUGCAGCGACAUGCGCCAGGCUUACACAGCCAAAGGCUUUAGUGUUCAUAACGUACCACACCAGGAGAUAUCAGGAGAACAUCUGCGGGUUUGCCCUCAGGGCUACACCUGCUGUACCUCAGACAUGGAGGACAAACUCGGCCAGCAGAGUAAGCUGGAUUUUGAGAAACUAGUGGAGGAGAGCAGCCACACAAUACGGACAACACUGACCUCCAGACAUAAAAAGUUUGACGAAUUCUUCCUGGAGUUGCUGGACAACUCGGAAAAGUCACUCAACGACAUGUUUGUGCGCACAUAUGGCAAACUAUACACUCAUAACUCGGAAAUGUUUGAAGAUCUGUUCUCGGAGCUCAAACGCUACUACACCGGUGGCAAUGUUAACCUUGAAGAAAUGCUGAACGAUUUCUGGUCGAGACUGCUUGAACGAAUGUUUCAGCUGCUCAACUCCCAGUACACGUUUACUGACGACUAUCUUGAGUGUAUCAGCAAAUAUACAGACCAGUUAAAACCCUUUGGAGAUGUUCCACGCAAACUCAAAGCCCAGGUCACGAAGGCAUUUAUUGCGGCUCGCUCGUUCGUUCAAGGACUUAUGGUGGGUCGAGAAGUGGCCAACAGAGUGGCGAAGGUCAACAUAUCACCAGGUUGCAGUAAAGCACUCACAAAAAUGCUGUAUUGCCCGUAUUGUGGAGGAAUGCCAGGCCUCAAACCCUGUGCCAACUACUGCCAAAAUGUUAUGAGAGGCUGCCUGGCCAACCAAGCGGAUCUGGAUCCAGAGUGGAAUCUGUUCAUUGAUGCCAUGCUGCUGGUCGCUGAUAGACUGGAAGGCCCGUUUAAUAUCGAAGCCGUCAUGGAGCCAAUCGAUGUGAAGAUCUCUGAAGCCAUCAUGACCAUGCAGGACAACAGUAUGCAAGUUUCUUCCAAGGUAUUCCAAGGAUGCGGUCAUCCCAAGCCAGCUGGAAUUGGCCGGUCUGCCCGCGGGAUCUCGGAUGUGUUCAACAGACGAUUCAGACCGUACAGCCCAGAAGAGAGACCCACUACAGCAGCCGGCACCAGCCUGGACAGACUGGUGAUCGACAUUAAGGAGAAGCUGAAGGAGUCGAAGAAAUUCUGGUCGUCGUUGCCAGACCGCAUCUGUGCAGAGGACAAAGUGACUGACCCAGAUGAGGAACAGUGUUGGAACAGUCACACAAAGGGAAGAUAUUUUCCAGAAGUUGUUAAAGAUGGCCUCACAAACCAGCUGAAUAAUCCAGAGGUAGAAGUGGACAUCACAAGACCGGAUACUUUUAUAAGACAACAGAUCAUGACAUUGCGUGUGAUGACCAACAAGUUAAGAAAUGCGUACAAUGGCAAAGACGUCUACUUCCAAGACUCAAGUGAUGAGGAGAGCGGUUCGGGCAGUGGAAGUGGCUUUACGACAGAACCUGAAGUGGUGCACACAGAACCUCCAAUGGUGGAAGCUGACAUAAGCGACCCACAACCAGCAGCGGACACAGCCCAUCAGCAAAACCCUUCGUUGCCGUUACUAUUUGCUGUAAUCACACUCACGACGCUGUUGUUGCAGUGGAGAUAAUGGCUGGAGGGGGCAAACAGCCACAAGGACAUUUAAGACAAAUGCAGCGUCGUUCACAAUGCGCUGUUAGCCUUUCCUUAACUGAGCUGGACGUUUUCCAAAAAAAAAAAAAAAAAAAUGAGAAAAAGCCCUUGUAAAAAAAAGAAAAGGAGAACAAGCUAGUUAGACAUAAGGAGCGAAGAGAGAGAGAGAGAGAGAGAGAGAGAGAGAGAGAGUUUAAUAAAGAAGUGAACGCAAACUUUUGCAUCCUGCUUGUUCCAAAGAAUGCUUGGUGCAAUCACAAAGCAGCUUCUCUUUUGGAAAUUAAAGCUAAAGUGUGUAAUUUUUACAAUGUUACAAUUCUUAUCGUAUCCCAGUUUAAAGGAAUAUUCCGGAUUUAGUUCAAGUUAAGCUCAAUCGACAGCAUUUGUGGCAUAAUGUUGAUUACCACAAAAAUUAUUUGCAACACGUCCCUUCUUUUCUUUAAAAAAAAAUUUAAAAUCUGGGUUACAGUGUGGCAUUUAUAAUGGAAGUCAAUGGGGUAAAUCUGUAAAUGUUAAAAUACUCACUGUUUUAGAAGUAUAGCCACAAGACAAAAACAAUAUGUGUUAAAAUCUCAUACUAACAUUUUCUGUGUAGUUAUAUCCAAUUUUACAACUUUUUUGCCAUGAAGAUGUAACGCCGAAAACCCUAAAACGACCGUAAAAACAACACUUAAAACAACUUUACAGCUCAAAUAAUACACAAGUUUUACCAGACGAUUUAAUGUAAGUGCUUUUAUAAAAUUAUAAGUUUCACAUUUCUGCUUUUAACCAUCCAAAAAUUGGUCCGAUUCACUUCCAUUGUAAGUGCCUCACUGCAACCUAAAUUUGAGCUUUUUUAAAGAAAAGGAGGGACAAAAUAAUUUUUCGACUUAUCAAAUAAAAGUAAGCCAUUUGUAGGUUAAUUUCCACAAAACGUGCAAACACUGUGGCACUAUAAAAAUAUUGCUCUGUUUGUUUGAGCAUACCGACCUGCCUGACACAGCAACAUUGGUUCAACCAAUGGCGUGAGUUUGGGGCGGGACUAUCUCUUUAGCCAACCAGUGGAAAACAGUCAUUAUUUUUGCAAUUCCGUUUGGUGACACUAUUGGCACAGAAUUUACACACAUCAGUUUUAAAAGACAAACAAACUUUUAGGAUGAAAGGUGGUUUCCGUGGGAAUGGGACCACUUUCAUCAUGGUCGUUUCGGAAAAGAAUGGGAAUGUGAAAAUAUAUAUUUUUGUUUUUCUUUUAUACUGUAUAAAAUUAGAGAAACACAAUGCUCUCUGGUGGGCUUUUUUUUUGUUUUUUUUUUGUUUUUUUCACGCCCCUCCUGAAUUCAUCUUAUAAUAAAAACAAAACAAAAAACAGAGGUGAACAAAAACACAAAUCAAACUUGUUUAUGCACCACUGUGAGAAUGCAUGGGAAGGUCAUUAGUAAAUGUUUUUAACUGUGAUUUUCUCACAAUUUUAAUGCACCGUUUCUUUCAAUCUUUUUUGUGUGUGUUAAAAAGGUGACUUUUUAUGUUAAUUGUAAAACUGAUAGCAAUUUGAAAUUAUUUUAAAGGACUGAGAGCUUUAAGCGAGUCUGACAGAAAUUCCCUGAGGGUUACUCCGGCUUGAUUCAAAUUAAAUGAUCCUUAUCUUAAUAUAAAGGUUUUAGUUAUAAAAUGUUUUCUUACAGAGACAGAAAAUUUAUUUAUAUUUCUAAUAUAAUAUUAUAUUUUGGCUUUACCAGUUAGCAACUUUUAUUCAAAAAUGCUUAUAUAUAACAAAAUAGCUCUUGCAGAGAAUGAUGCUUUGGGCCUUUUCAUUACAAGCAUUCAUUUUAUUUUUUUAAUAUUUUUAUUUUAUUUUAAACUGCAAUUUAAAGGCUGGCUUCACAGGUACUUGCUUUUGCACCUGAUAAGUUUUAAAUUAUUCAAGAAAAUUGAGGAAAAGUUAUUUCCCUUAAGAAUGAAACAAUUCCCUUAAAGGAAUAGUUCACCCAAAAUUCACUUACCCUGAUGCCAUCCCAGAUGUGUAUGACUGUCUUUCUUCAACAGAACACAAAUUAAGAUUUUUAGAAGAUAGAGCUCUGUCCGGUCCUUAUAAUGGAAGUACAUGGGUGCCAGCACUUUGAUGGUUCAAAAGUCUCAUUUAGGCAGCAUAAAAGUAAUCCACACGACUCCAGUUGAUCAAUGAAUGUCUUCUGAAGAAAAUCACAAAUCACAAAAUAAACUGAUAAAUAAAACUUAAUUAACUUUUAAAAAGCACUUCCUGCCAGCAACUGACGAGACGCAUGAAGCGGGUCAGCAAGUUCACGUGAGAAUUCAAAAGCGGCGCUUAUUUACAACAGAAGAAAGAACAUCACGCGAGAGUUCGUCCAUUUCAAACAGCAUCAGAUCCCUGGACGGAAACGCCGAUUUAAAGUAAAAACAGCAAAAAUAGAACUAAAUUAAGUUGAAAGUGUUAAAACCAACCUAACCUACUUGUGGUCUUUGCUCUUAUUUAUGCAUUUUUUUAUUGUACUCAAUUAUCUAUAUACAACCCUUUAUUUACCUAUCAACAUUUCUUUUAUUUUUUAGUAUUUUUAAGUAUCUCACUAUGUUGGCUUUUUGCAUUUCUUGUUGACUUUCACAAUUACACAUUUAUAUUGUGAAUCAAUGGGCUUCAUUCAUGAAACACCUGCAGAAAGAAUUUCUGUGAAAAAUGUGUGUACACGUAUGUUUUAUAUAAUUAUUUAGUCAAAUGUUUUUGAUCUUGGACUUUGUAUAUUUUGGAGUGGCAGUUUAUUUUUUGUCAAAAAAAAAAAAUAAUAUUCUUACGAAAAAUGUCGCAUUUAAUUGCACUGCAAAAAUUCUUA